AUGGAGGUGCCAGUAGCUCUCUAUAGGAGACUGCUUCUUUGGCAGAUAUAUGCUUCCCAUUUUGCAGGAUCACCAUUUUUUAGGCAUGACAGUAGGUUGCGUGCCCUACGCUUCCUUGACCACAUGCUUGAAAGAGAUAACAUGCAGAAAUCAGAGUUCUUAAAAGCAUUGUCAGAUAUGUGGAAAGAUUUUGAUUCCCGUGUACUGCGAUACAAGGUCCUUCCACCUCUUUGUGCAGAACUUAGGAAUGUGGUGAUACAACCAAUGAUUCUACCAAUGGUUCUAACCAUUGCAGAGUCUCAGGACAAGAAUGAUUUUGAGCAAUCUACACUUCCCGCCCUUGUCCCUGUGUUGAGUACUGCUUCUGGUGACACACUGUUACUUCUUGUGAAGCAUGCUGAUCUUAUAAUAAACAAGACUAGUCAAGAGCAUUUAAUUUCUCAUGUUCUUCCAAUGAUUGUUCGGGCCUAUGAUGAUAAUGAUGCUCGUUUGCAAGAAGAGGUCCUGAAAAAAUCUGUAUCCCUUGCCAAACAACUAGAUGCCCAGCUUGUCAAACAAGUGGUUUUACCCCGUGUUCAUGGAUUAGCACUUAAAACAACAGUUGCUGCGGUAGAUCUGAGUUUGCAAUGCUGGGUUAGAGUCAAUGCGUUGCUGUGCUUAGGAGAUAUGGUAAUCCGACUCGAUAAACAUGCUGUGUUGGACAUCAUGCAAACAAUUCAACGCUGUACUGCUGUUGACCGUUCCCCUCCAACCCUUAUGUGUACACUGGGGGUUGCAAAUUCUAUUUUCAAGCAGUACGGAGUAGAAUUUGUAGCUGAGCACGUUCUUCCAUUGCUUAUGCCCCUCCUGACUGCUCAACAAUUGAAUGUUCAACAGUUUGCCAAAUAUAUGCUCUUUGUCAAGGAUAUGCUCCACAAAAUAGAAGAGAAGCGAGGAGUGGCUGUGACCGAUUCUGGAAUGCCAGAUGUAGUAAAACUACCUCCCUUGGUUAAUGGUCUUAAAUCCGAAGCCCGGCAGACAAGCAGCACCUCUGUACCUGCUUCAACAAAAAGAAGCUCCUCUUGGGAUGAAGAUUGGGGUCCCAAAACAAAGGGCGCUGCCUCUUCUACCCAGAUAUCUAUUGACGAAGCCAGUCCAUCUAUGGCAGGCAACCCUGUGGGUCAAGUAACAUCUUUACAAAAUCAUUUCUCUUUAGCUGCUUUAUCUGCUCAGCAAACAACCAAGUCAUGCCCAUCAGUAGAUGUAGAAUGGCCACCUCGGGCAUCUCCUGGUGUUAUCCCACAAUUUGGUGAUACUGAAAAGCAGGCAAUAGGAGAAGGAACUUCAUCCACAUCUAAUCUUGAAUCUGAUGAUCCUUUUGCUGAUUGGCCUCCACGUCCUAAUGGUGUAUCAGGUGGAUCUGGAAUACCCACCAAUGGUACUUUAGGAAUGCCACUAAAUGUUGGGUUUAAUUCAAUGACAAACACUUCAAGCAAUAUGGGUUCCCAAAGUAGCAUCAGUUGGUCUGUUAAUUCCCAAAGUCCGACAGAGUCUAUUAGUUUGAACUCAAGGACUAGUUCAACAGCGGGUAGCCUGAAUAGUGGCCUUGGUCAGAAUUCUCUUGGGUUCCUAAAACAAAAUCAAGCUUUUCCAGUAUCAAAUGUUUCAUACAAUAAUAUUCAGUCAACAGCAACGGAUCUUGGAUCAAUAUUUUCUUCCAACAAGAAUGAACAAAUUGCGCCUAAACUUGCACCGCCCCCUUCAUCUGCAGUGGGUAGAGGACGAGGAAGAGGGAGGGGAAGUGCUUCAUCUACUAGGUCCUCUCAUACUAAGUCACACGCUGAGCAGCCACCCCUUUUGGAUUUGUUAGAGUAA